AUGCCACCGAAGGUACACCAUACUCCCAAGGCAGAGCCCAUCAUCAGCACUGAUAAGGUAGAUUCCAAAGCAUGUUUAAUACAUCAACGUACCAAGAUCCAGAAUAGAGUAAGCACGAUAAGCCGAACGCUGGAGGAAGCAAAUAACGAUCCCACAAUUGUUGAGGUUACCCCUUCCGAUGAAAUUGAAGAUGAAGAUGAAGCGCUGGACAUUUUCGACGCUUUUCAUACGGACACGCUUUCUUUAAUUGAGCACCUCGUCGAAAACCUUUCUCCUGCUGCUGUUCGAGAUAUAAGUUCUUCCGCAACCAUUCAACAGCAAUCACUUAGAGCUCCAGUUCCCACUUUUGAUGGGAAGGUGGAAAAUUGGCCGAAAUUCCGAACAAUGUUUGAAGACAUUAUCGGGCGUAGUUGUAAUUCCGAUGCAGUAAAGUUACAUCACCUUGAUAAGGCGCAGAUAGAUGAUGCUUCUGGAUUAAUUACGGCAAAAAUGAUAGUUGACAAUAAUUUUCAACAAACAUGGAAGCAGCUGAGCGACCAAUUUGAAAACCCAAGAGUAAUCGUCGAUACUCAUCUUGAAGGACUGCUCGAGAUGAAACCGAUGACCAAACGCAACCAUAAGGAUUUACUCGAGCUACUAAAAACAUUUAACCGACAUGUUGGUGGUCUCGAGUACCAAGGACUAGUAGUUGAUGAACUUUCUGGUCUUAUUCUCACGAAGAUACUUACCACGCGAUUAGAUGAACAAACUCUUCAACUGUGGGAGAGAACCCAGCAACAUGCCAAAUUGCCCAAAUAUGAAGAAACCGCACUGUUUUUACGAAACGAAUGCCAAGUUUUGGAAAGGUUCCAAAAUCGGCACCAGAUUACAACAAGAGAAGCCGUACCAAAACAGCAAUCCAGUUCAAGAACACUCAAUCAAAAAUCACAUGCUGUAACUACUGUCACUGUUGUAAGUUCCUGUCAGGUAUGUGGCGGCAACCAUCGUCAUUUUGAGUGCCCAGAGUUCAACAAACUGUCAACAACUCAACGAAUUGAGAAAGUGAAGGUGCUGAACAUUUGUUUCAAUUGCCUUCGGUUCGGUCACAGGUCAUUGGACUGCUCAUCAAAAAAAUCCUGCUAUCGCUGCCAUAAGAGACAUCACACUUUACUACAUGAAGAGAGUGUUUUUAAAGAAGCCCCACCAUCAAGCCAGACUCCAGAUCCAAUGUACAAAACCGGCAAGGACAGUUUGAAGUAUCCGCAAACUGUUGUAGUUUGCAGUAAUUCUAAUUCCAAAACCGUGAUGCUUAUGACUGCUGUUGUGCUAAUCAAGGAUCAGUGUAAACGGACAAUACCAUGUCGAGUUCUAUUGGAUUGUGGUUCGCAAAUAAAUUUCAUUUGCAAGACCUUGGCAGAUCGUUUGAAGUUUGAAAAACAGGCUGUGUAUGUUCCUAUUGCUGGAAUUGGAGGAGCCAAAGCUUGUGCCAAGGAAAAACUAGUGGUGAAGGUGGAAUCCAGAUUAUCCGAUUUCACAACAUGCAUCGAAUGCUUAGUGGUUCCCAAAAUUACCGGACCUAUUCCAUCUGCCAAAAUCGAUAUUUCUUCGUGGCUAAUCGACGUUAAUCUACCUAUGGCAGAUCCAAAAUUUAACAUCCCUUCAGAUAUCGACAUGCUAAUCGGUGCUUCACAGUUUUUGCGGUUGCUGAAAACAGGUCGAAUGCAGUUAAAGAAUCAUUUGCCAGAACUUCAAGAAACACACUUCGGAUGGGUAGUUGCAGGUGAUUUCGACGGUGCAAUUACUUCUCAGCAGUGCUUAGUAUCCACAACCGACUCCAUUUCCGAUAUUCUUUGCCAAUUUUGGGAGCUGGAGGAAAUUGCAGAGUCUGCUACUUUAAGUUUCGAGCAAGAUGAGUGCGAAAAAAUAUGCCAAUCCAGUCAUGCUCGAGACGUGACCGGUCGUUAUAUGGUUAGUUUACCGUUUCGAGAUUCUGUACAGGAGUUGGGAAACAAUCGUAGCUUGGCUAUGCGAAGAUUCCUUGCGUUGGAAAGAAGAUUUCGAAAAAAUCCUGUCUUAAAGCAGGAAUAUUGCAAGUUUAUCGAGGAAUACGAGCAGCUAGGUCAUUGCCAAGAAGUGGUUGAAUCUGAUGAUGAUAUCAGUUGUAGCGGUUAUUAUCUGCCGCAUCAUGCUAUUUUCCGCCUAUCAAGUUCAACUACCAAAAUUCGGGUUGUCUUUGACGCUUCUGCCAAAUCAUCGCGAGCUGAGAAGUCAUUGAACGAUGUUCUACAAGUCGGAGCAACACUUAAGAGUGACAUUUUCAGCAUUCUACUACGGUUUCGAAAACAUCAAGUGGUGUUUACUGCCGACAUUACAAAAAAGUACCGGCAAAUACGCGUUAUACCCGAGCAUACAAGGUUUCAACGAAUAUUUUGGCGUUCAAACCCAGACGACCCUCUUCGUAUUUUGGAACUUACAACAGUUACCUAUGGGACAUCCGCAGCUCCUUAUUUGGCUACCCGAUGUUUAAUGCAGCUUUGCGAAGAUGAAGGCGAUUCAUUCCCACUCGCUGAACGAAUUAUCCGUCUAGAUUGUUACGUAGAUGACGUCAUUUCAGGUGCGAAUACUGUAAGAGAGGCGAUUGAAUGUCAAUCUCAAAUACAGCAACUACUCGAGCGAGGUGGUUUUCCUAUUCACAAAUGGUGUUCCAAUGCCAUAGAAGUUCUCAACCAAAUUCCCGAAUCCGAUCGUGAGAAAUUAGUGCAUCUUGAUAACAGUUCAGUUAACGUAACGAAAACAUUGGGUUUGAUGUGGAGCUCACAACAGGACGAAUUUGUGUUCAACGUCAAUAUUACCAACAGACAAGAAAACCCACAUACGAAGCGCUCGGUACUAUCCGAGAUUAGCAGGCUGUUCGACCCGCUUGGUCUCAUAUCUCCAGUUACCAUUAUUGCCAAAAUAAUUAUGCAGAGGAUUUGGAAAGCUGGACUCGCUUGGGAUGAUCCAUUAAAAGAAGAGUUAAUUGCGUCAUGGCUGCAAUUUCGUAAAUCUUUAUUCCAUGUUAACAGUAUAAAGAUUCCCCGAUGUACUAUAACUAGUGGUGUCAAAAAUAUCGAAUAUCAUGGUUUCUCAGAUGCAUCUGCUGCUGCAUAUGGUGCAGUCAUCUAUACUCGUUGCAUCCUGUCUGAUGGUACAAUUCGACUGAAUAUGCUGUGCAGUAAAUCCAAGGUAUCUCCGAUUGCAGAAAUGACUAUUCCACGUAAAGAAUUGCUUGGUGCUCGACUACUGUCUCGUCUAUUGGUGAAAGUCCUGGAUUCCUUCCAAUUAAAAAUAUCAGAUGUGAUUCUGUGGAGUGACAGUCAGGUAGUUCUAGCAUGGCUUCAAAAACCUUUAACAUCACUUGAAUUGUUCGUUCGAAACCGAGUAAUGGAAAUUGUAAAAAACACUCAAGGUUGCACAUGGAAUUACAUCAGAUCUAAACAAAAUCCUGCCGAUAUUAUGUCCAGAGGUCAACUGCCACUCGCUUUGAGUACAAAUGAGCUUUGGUGGAACGCGCCGAAGUUUCUAAGCAAAGCCGAUUACAAGUUGGAGAUUCCUGAUGAUAUUCCAGAUGAAGAUCUUCCAGAAUUAAGAAAGGUUCACCUUAUUGUGGCCCCUGUUGUCAACGAGGAAAAGUUACCUGUGUUCUCCAAGUUCAGUUCAUUCAGGAAAAUGCAGAGGGUUCUCGCGUUGGUGCUGCGAUUCAUCAGUAAUUGUAAAUUGAAAUCAUCGAAUGAACGAAGUUUGUAUCACUAUCUUACAAUCCAAGAACUUCGCUCAGCACUGCAUUUGAUUAUCAAGGUGAUUCAACACGAAGCUCUUGGUGACGAGAUUCAUCGUAUGAUGUCCAGAAGGCCGUACAAAAACAUUUCUUCUCUUGAUCCGAUCUACGACAAUGGCAUUUUGCCUGUUGGAGGAAGGCUUCAGAACUCUCGUUUGCCUUUCGAUAUGAAGCACCCAAUCAUACUUCCAAAACAUCCAAUUACCGAUCAACUCAUCCGGAAGAUCAUCUGUCAGAAAAAUAACCAGGAGCUGCAUCACAUGUUUCCGUUCGAACCCUAG